GCCUAUUGAAAUCUUUUACUUCCGUUUUGUUGGAAGACCGUGAAUCACGGGACCGCGGAACCGCGAAUCAGAAACAUCAGCAGGCGGAACAAUGGUGGGCCUCUUUUGACUAUUAUGAUUUCCCAACGCUGAAUUUGUAGUGCUGACCUGGUCAAGGCUGCAUUUGGAGACAUCUGCAUUUGGAGAUAUUUUAUGGGGCAUUAUCAAGAUUUGCAUCUGUUCAUAAUGUGGAAUAAUCAUUUGGAAUUUAUAUGGAAUGGAUUUUGAACUGAAUUUUCUUUUAAAGUCCACAAAACUGUUGAUUUUGUAAGUAGUGCAAGAAACCUAAACAUUUGAAUUGGAGCUUUUCCUCAAAAAUGGAUCAGCAAGCGAGUGGUAUGGAGGAGCCCACUAAGCACCCUAAAAAGAAAUCAAAUGAGGAUGAUAGCAAGAACAAAAAGUUGAACAUGCAUAUUAAAACAUUGGCUGAUGACAUGCUUGACAGGAUUACAAGCUUUCGAAAGCAAGGCAUAAAGAGGGAGAAGCCCUUUAUUCAGCACCCAACAGACCCCAUUUCCACACAUACUGAGCUACCUAUACCACAGCCCCUUUUUGAUGAACGCUCACUGGACCUUUCUGAAAAAGAGAUUGUUGACUUGUUUGAAAAGAUGAUGGAGGAUAUGAACCUGAAUGAAGACCGUAAAGCCCCUCUUCGUGAAAAGGACCUGAGCACUAAACGAGAGAUGGUUGUCCAGUACAUCUCUGCUACAACUAAAUCUAUAACUGGGAGCAAACUUGCGGGUGGGCUGAGGAACAGCAAGCAUGAGUCUACACUGUCAUCACAGGAAUAUGUGCAUGAGCUGCGCUCUGGCAUUACUGAGGAGAAGUUGCUGAACUGCCUUGAGUCUCUGCGUGUGUCUCUAACUAGCAAUCCUGUCAGCUGGGUGAAUAAUUUUGGCCAUGAGGGUCUUGGACUGCUUUUGGAUGUACUAGAGAAGCUUCUUGACAAGAAACAACAAGAUGUCAUUGACAAGAAGAAUCAACACAAACUAAUCCAGUGCCUCAAAGCCUUCAUGAACAAUAAGUAUGGCCUGCAAAGGAUACUAGGAGAUGUGCGAAGCCUUCUACUUCUAGCCAGGGCUAUUGAUCCCAAGCAGCCAAAUAUGAUGACAGAGAUUGUGAAAAUCCUCUCUGCAGUCUGCAUUAUCGGAGAAGAUAAUAUUCUGGAUAAGAUCCUGGCAGCCAUGAGUAUUGCAGCCGAGACAAAUAACAGAGAGAGAUUUGCUUCAAUAGUAGAGGGUCUGGAGAACCAUGAAGCUCAACAGCUUCAGACAGCCUGCAUGCAAUUAAUCAAUGCCCUAGUCACAUCUCCGGACGAUCUGGACUUCAGAAUCCAUUUACGGAAUGAGUUUCUGCGCUGUGGCUUGAAGAAGAUCCUGCCAGAGUUGAAGGAAACAGAAGAAUUAGACAUUCAGCUGAAAGUGUUCAAUGAGAAUAAGGAGGAGGAUUCUAUUGAGCUGUCUCAUCGGCUGGAUGACAUGCGUACAGAGAUGGAUGAUAUGGACGAGGUUUACCAUAUUCUGUCCAACAUGGUGAAAGAUACAGACUCAGAGACCUAUUUCCUAUCUAUUCUUCAGCACUUGCUGCUCAUCAGGAAUGACUACUAUAUCAGACCUCAAUACUACAAGGUUAUUGAAGAGUGUGUGGCUCAAAUUGUUCUUCACCGCAGUGGAAUGGACCCUGACUUUGGUUACAGAGAGAGACUAGAAGUAGACUUCACCCAACUCAUUGAUCAGUGUGUAGAUAAGGCCAAAUUGGAGGAGAGUGAACAGAGAGCAGCUGAAUUCUCCAAAAAGUUUGAUGAAGAGUUUAGUGCACGGCAGGAAGCACAAGCUGAGCUGCAGAAACAGGAGGAGAAAAUCAAAGAGUUGGAGGGGAAGAUCACCUCUUUACAGAGUCAGGUUGCAGUUGGUGGUGCUCAAUGUAUUCUAAAACCACCAGAAGGUAUUACAUGUCUGCAACUGCCACCUCCUCCUCCCCCGCCACCAGGAGCACCUCCUCCACCUCCUCCUCCUCUUCCAGCUGGUAUGGGACCUCCUCAACCUCCACCACCACCACCACCACCCCCUCCUACUGCCGGAGUUCUUGCACCUCCUCUACCUUUCCUUGCCCCAGGACUCCCUUCAGUACCAGCUGUCCAAAAAUUACCAUAUGGCCUACAGCCAAAGAAAAUCUAUAAACCUGACACAGCCAUGAAGAGGGCCAACUGGUGCAAGAUAGUGCCUCAGGAGAUGACAGAGAAUUGCUUUUGGAUCAAAGUCAAAGAGGAGAAAUUUGAGAACCCUGACCUUUUUGCCCAACUUUCACUUGCUUUUUCAUCCAAAGCCAGAGUGAAAAAUGAUGCAGAGGAAACAGAAAAAAGAAUGGCACAAUUUAAGAAAAAAGCGAAAGAGUUGAGAAUCCUUGACGCCAAAACGGCCCAAAAUCUGUCCAUUUUUCUUGGAUCAUUCCGAAUUCCUUAUGGUGAAAUAAGGGAUGCGGUCUUGGAGGUGGAUGAGGAGAAGCUUAGUGAUGCAUUAAUACAGAACCUUAUCAAGAAUCUUCCUGAACAGAAGGAACUGAAUUCUCUGGCUGAGCUGAAGAGUGAGUACGAAGAACUCGGCGAAUCAGAGCAGUUCGGCAUUGUGAUGAGCUCAGUGAAACUAUUGCGCCCUCGUCUGACUGGAAUUCUGUUCAAGCUGACAUUUGAGGAGCAAGUAAACAAUAUCCGUCCUGACAUCAUGAAUGUCACUUUUGCAUGUGAGGAAGUAAAGAAGAGUGAGGGCUUGUGCAAGUUUCUGGAAUUGGUACUGCUUGUGGGAAACUACAUGAAUGCUGGCACCAGAAAUGCGCAAACUUUUGGAUUUAACAUCAGCUUCCUCUGCAAGCUACGGGACACAAAGUCAUCAGAGCAGAAUACAACACUCAUGCAUUUUUUGGCUGAAAAGUGUGAGGAGAUAUAUCCAGAGAUUCUGAAGUUUCCUGACGAGCUAGGACAUGUGGAAAAUGCCAGCAAAGUGUCAGCUCAGAUCCUCAAAGCUACAUUGGACUCAAUGGAACGUCAGAUCCAGAGGUUGGAAAAUGACAUCCAGAACUUUCCCAAGACAGAUGACAAACAGGAUAAGUUUGUGGAAAAAAUGUCAGGUUUCUCCAAAUAUUCACGAGAGCAAUAUGAAAAGCUCUCCACCAUGCACAAGAACAUGCAAAAGCUCUAUGAAAGCCUGGGAAGCUACUUUGCAUUUGACCCACACUCCAUUAGCAUUGAAGACUUUUUUGGGGACCUGAGUAACUUCCGCACCCACUUUACGGAAGCUGUGAAGGAGAACUACAAAAAGAGGGAGAUGGAGGAGAAGAUAAAGCGAGCCAAGGUGGCAAAGGAGAAAGCUGAACGAGAAAAGCAAGAACAGCAGCAGAAAAAAAAGCAGCUAAUUGACAUAAACAAAGACGGAGAUGAGACAGGUGUAAUGGACAGCUUGAUGGAGGCUCUGCAGUCUGGUGCAGCCUUCCGUGACCGCAGGAAAAGAACCCCACGGAAUGACAACCGUCACACUGGUUUGGAAAGAUCACGCUCACGGCAUAACACAAACACUACAGGCCGAUGAUCACCUGUACAUCUGUGCAUGUCAGCCAAGUGCCAAAGACCUAGGAGUGGGUGCACAUUGGAGGCAAAAUGUAUUGAUAGUGAAGAUUUCUGUGUGCUUUUCAGCAUGGCAGGAUCCUCACAACAUGUACAAACACAAUAAUUGAAGACUACAGACAAAUAGCUUCACAGGAUUGAUACUAUUACACUGCCUUUUGUGUGCAACUUGUGUAUUCCUUUUAUUUUCUCAGCAUGUUAAAAAAUCAGUAACACAUUAUUUUAAAAUUCCUUCCAAUCUAUUUUUGUCAUUCUCCUGAUUGUCAUUUUUCAUCUGGUGCAUCCCAUAAUACUAGUUGUAAUUAUUACAUAAUUGUUUGGGUAUGUUCAACUGGUAGAUCUCUCUAACAUCUCUUUAGCAUGUCUGACUGUCUCUCUCUUUUAUAACACAAAAUUGUAGUUUAUAAAAAGUUUAUAAAAUUAUCUUUAUUUAUACAAAACAAUCAUUGCAUACCCUUAUUUCAGUUUCAACUUCCUCUUUAUACUUCUCUCUCUACCAUUAUAUAAAAUUUGUAUUGGUAUUUUGUUUUCUCACCACUAGAAUGCUAUUUGCCAUUUGUCAUAGAGGUAUGCACAGAACUGUUUAUUAUUAUUAUAUAUAUUUUAGUUGUAGUAGUAGUAUUUUAAUUUUUUUUUUAAUUUUAUAAAUGAAUGAGGGUAGUAAACUUUACAAGCACUGUGCCACACCCAAUCCAGUGCAUCAGGAAAUAUUCACAGCACUUCACUUUUUCCACAUUUUGUUAUGUUACAGCCUGAUUCCAAAAUGGAUUAAAUUUAUUAUUUUCCUCAAAAUUCUCCCAUAAUGACAACAUGAAAGAGGUUUGUUAGAAAUCUUUGCAAAUUAAUUUUUUUUUAAAUCCUGUAUACAAGUAUUCACUGCUCAAUACUUUGCUGAAGUACCUUUGGCAGCAAUUACAGCCUCAAGUCUUUUUGAGUAUGAUGCUACAAGCUUGACACACCUAAUUUUAGGAAGUUUCUCCCAUCCUGCAAAGAAGAAUGGGAGAAACUUCCCAAAAUUAGGUGUGUCAAGCUUGUAGCAUCAUAUUCAAAAAGACUUGAGGCUGACUUGACUAGUGGAACUGAAAAAACAUCCCCACAGCAUGCCAGGUGAUGAGUGGUGCCUGCUUUCUUCCAGGCAUGAUGCUUCCUAUUCAGGCCAAAGAGUUCAAUCUUUGUUUCAUCACACCAGAGAAUUUUGUUUAUCAUUGUCUGAGAGUCCUUCAGGUGUCUUUUGGCAAACUCCAGGUAGGCCACCAUGUGCAGGCUAGGAGUGGGUUCCAUCAAGCCACUCUACCAUACAGUUUGUGCUCUGACAUGCACUGUUAACUGUAGGACCUUAUAUAGACAAGUGUGUGUUUCCAAAUCAUGUCCAAACAAUGUCAAUUGUAUUUAGCACAGGUGGACUUCAGUUAAGUUGUAGAAACAUCUCAAGGAUGAUCUGUGGAAACAGGACGCACAUGAGCUCAAUUUUGAAUGUCAUGGCAAAGGCUGUGAAUACUUAGUCGUGGGGAAGUCAUGGCCUAAAGGUUAGAGAGUUUGACUCCUAACCCUAAGGUUGUGGGUUCGAGUCUCGGGCCGGCAAUACCACGACUGAGAUGCCCUUGAGCAAGGCACCAAAACCCCCAACGCAGGCACCAAAACCCCCAACGCAGCAUAAAUGGCUGCCCACUGCUCCGGGUCACGUCACGUCACUUUAUGUACAUGUGGAUUUUUUCAUUUAUUUAUUUAUUUAUUUUAAAUUCAAUUUGCAAAUAUUUCAAACAAAUGUCUUUCACAUUGUCAUUAUGGGGUAUUGUUUGUAGAAUUUUGAGGAAAAUAAUGAAUUUAAUCCAUUUUCGAAUAAGGCUGUAACAUAACAAAACAAAAUGUGGAAAAUUAAGCUCUGUGAAUGCUUUCUGGAUGCACUGUAUUCACAUUCUAUAUGUCAUACUUACCAGCCACUUUCCUACAUGCAUGACUGUAAUCUCUUUCAUGAACUUAUUUUUCGGUCCUGCAGGAAUCCCAGCUCGGAUGCACAUUUUAAAUUGUCUGACAUUGACUUUCACCUUUUAUGCUACUCCAUAUUCUAUCUAAACACUUAAAUCAACACUUUAAUCAUGACCAUUCUCAGAGAUGUUAUCAUCCCUAGAAGUAAAUAAGUAUUUUACAUUUUUAUAUCCUAUUCCAUAGUAUUAUUUCUGUUGUGUUUUUUACAAGACAAUUCGGAAUCAAAAAUAUAAAUAAGUGCUGACUUCCAUUGGGAAAAGAAAUAUGUAGUUUGUUGCACAUUUUACAUGUUUCAUAUUUUGUAUUUCACCCUUUAUAAAACUAUUUAGCCAUAUUAUAACCUUUUAAGUGCUGCUGUCUACUUGAGAGGGGUAAUGACAGAAGAAAUUCAUGUAUACACUUGGUAUUGUAGCUGCCUCUAAGUGGAAUGCAUUAUUAAAAUCUCACACUAGCCUCA